AAAACUCUGUCAAUGAAGAAAAUAUUUGUUUAAUGCGACCUCUGUACUGUAGGUGUAUUAAGUCACUGACAGGUUUUGUCUCAGUGCAGAAUUUAUCUCUUGUUUCUAUCAGGAGGAAGCUGGAACAACCUGAACCCAGCUGUGUGUCCAUGAAGAGUGACCGGUCUAAAGAUCUUCCUGUAUUCUUCAAAGAUGGACGCCACUCUGUUGAUCAGAGGAGGAAGCUGGAACAACCUGAACCCAGCUGUGUGUCCAUGAAGAGUGACCGGUCUAUGGAUCAUCCUUUAUCCUUCAAAGAUGAUCAGAGAGAGGACCAGGAGAGCUCACAGGUUCCCAGAGGUCAGUCUGCCCAGCAGCAUCAAACACACCUGGACUCCAUAUUUAUGCUGCUGGAGGAGAACAUCCUCACUUUUGUGAAGAACGAGCUGAAGAAGAUCCAGAAGGUUGUGAGUUCAGAUUACCCAGAAUGCUUAGAGAGUCAGAGGGUGGAUGAGGAGGUGUUGGACGGUGAGGAUGAAGAGCAGAGGAGGAGCAGCAGAGAGGCAUUUCUGAAGAUCACACUGCACCUCCUGAGGAGAAUGAAGCAGGAGGAGCUGGCUGACUGUCUGCAGAGCAGACUUCUUGCUGCAGUUUGUCAGCGUGAACUCAAAUCUAACCUGAAGAAGAAGUUCCAGUGUGUGUUUGAGGGGAUCGCUAAAGCAGGAAACCCAACCCUUCUGAACCAGAUCUACACAGAGCUCUACAUCACAGAGGGAGGGACUGCAGAGGUCAAUGAUGAACAUGAGGUCAGACAGAUUGAAACAGCAUCCAGGAAACCAGACAGACCAGAAACAACCAUCAGACAAGAAGACAUCUUUAAAGCCUCACCUGGAAGAGAGGAACCAAUCAGAACAGUGAUGACAAAGGGAGUGGCUGGCAUUGGGAAAACAGUCUUAACACAGAAGUUCACUCUGGACUGGGCUGAAGACAAAGCCAACCAGGACAUACAGUUCACAUUUCCAUUCACCUUCAGAGAGCUGAAUGUGCUGAAAGAGAAAAAGUACAGCUUGGUGGAACUUGUUCAUCACUUCUUCUCUGAAACCAAAGAAGCAGGAAUCUGCAGGUUUGAAGAGUUCCCGGUUGUGUUCAUCUUUGACGGUCUGGAUGAGUGUCGACUUCCUCUGGACUUCCACAACAAUGAGAUCCUGACUGAUGUUACAGAGUCCACCUCAGUGGAUGUGCUGCUGACAAACCUCAUCAGGGGGAAACUGCUUCCCUCUGCUCGCCUCUGGAUAACCACACGACCUGCAGCAGCCAAUCAGAUCCCUCCUGAGUGUGUUGGCAUGGUGACAGAGGUCAGAGGGUUCACUGACCCCCAGAAGGAGGAGUACUUCAGGAAGAGAUUCAGUGAUAAGAAGCAGGCCAGCAGGAUCAUCUCCCACAUCAAGAGCUCACGAAGCCUCCACAUCAUGUGCCACAUCCCAAUCUUCUGCUGGAUCACUGCUACAGUUCUGGAGGAGGUGUUGAAGACCAGAGAGGGAGGAGAGCUGCCCAAGACCCUGACUGAGAUGUACAUCCACUUCCUGGUGGUUCAGUCCAAGCUGAAGAACGUCAAGUACGAUGGAGGAGCUGAGACGGAUCCACACUGGAGUCCAGAGAGCAGGAAGAUGACUGAGUCUCUGGGAAAACUGGCUUUUGAUCAGCUGCAGAAAGGAAACCUGAUCUUCUAUGAAUCCGACCUGACAGAGUGUGGCAUCGAUAUCAGAGCAGCCUCAGUGUACUCAGGAGUGUUCACACAGAUCUUUAGAGAGGAGAGAGGACUGUACCAGGACAAGGUGUUCUGCUUCGUCCAUCUGAGUGUUCAGGAGUUUCUGGCUGCUCUUCAUGUCCAUCUGACCUUCAUCAACUCUGGUGUCAAUCUGCUGUCAGAAGAACAAACAACCUCCUGGUUGUCUAAAGUCUUCAGAGACAAACCUAAACUAACACAUCUCUACCAGAGUGCUGUGAGAAAGGCCUUACAGAGUCCAAAUGGACACCUGGACUUGUUCCUCCGCUUCCUCCUGGGUCUUUCACUGCAGACCAAUCAGACUCUCCUACGAGGUCUGCUGACACAGACAGGAAGUAGCUCACAGACCAAUCAGGAAACAGUCCAGUUCAUCAAGAAGAAGAUCGACGAGGAUCUCUCUGCAGAGAAAAGCAUCAAUCUGUUCCACUGUCUGAAUGAACUGAAUGAUGGUUCUCUAGUGGAGGAGAUCCAACAGUCCCUGAGUUCAGGACGUCUCUCCACAGAUAAACUGUCUCCUGCUCAGUGGUCAGCUCUGGUCUUCAUCUUACUGUCAUCAGAAAAAGAUCUGGACGUGUUUGACCUGAAGAAAUACUCUGCUUCAGAGGAGGCUCUUCUGAGGCUGCUGCCAGUGGUCAAAGCCUCCAACAAAGCUCUACUGAGUGACUGUAACCUCUCAGAGAGAAGCUGUGAAGCUCUGUCCUCAGUCCUCAGCUCCCAGUCCUCUAGUCUGAGAGAGCUGGACCUGAGUAACAACAACCUGCAGGAUUCAGGAGUGAAGCUGCUGUCUGCUGGACUGGAGAGUCCACACUGUAAACUGGAAACUCUCAGGGUGGAGCCUGCUGGAGUCCGAUGGUUCAGACCAGGUCUGAGGAAGUAUUCCUGUGAACUCACACUCGACACAAACACAGUGAACAGAAACCUCAAACUGUCUGACAACAACAGGAAGGUGACACAUGUGGAGGAGGAUCAGUCAUAUCCUGAUCAUCCAGACAGAUUUGACCACUGGAAGCAGCUGCUGUGUAGAACUGGUCUGACUGGUCGCUGUUACUGGGAGGUCGAGUGGAGAGGAAGAGUUUAUAUAUCAGUGAGUUACAGAGGAAUCAGAAGGAGAGGAGACAGUGAAGACUGUUUGUUUGGAUGGAAUGAUCAGUCCUGGAGUCUGGAGUGCUCUGAUGAUGGUUACUAUGUCCGUCACAAUAAGACAGAACACCCAUCUCCUCCUCCUCCUCCUCCUCCUCCUCCUCCUCCUCCUCCUCCUCCUCCUCUAGAUAGCAGUGUAUGUGGACUGUCCUGCUGGCUCUCUGUCCUUCUACAGAGUCUCCUCUGACACACUGAUCCACCUCCACACCUUCAACACCACAUUCACUGAACCUCUUUAUCCUGGGUUUGGGUUCUGGUUCUGGUCUGGUUCCU